CCGCAAUAAAUCAAAAACUUUUUUACGAGCGAAUUCAAAAACACCAAUCACCACAUCAAAUUCUCUCCUUCUCAACUAUUUAUUCUUUCAUAGCUUUUAGAUCGAAAAAAAUCACGAUGCCAGAGAUCGAACAGGCGCCGCCGCAUGCGGCGUCGGCAACUACUAACACCUCCACAUCCACGGUCACCACCUCCGCCUUAUUUGGAAAAUACGAGCUAGGAAGACUCCUAGGAUGCGGCGCGUUCGCGAAGGUUUACUACGCGCGGAACGUGAAAACGAUGCAGAGCGUGGCGAUAAAGGUGAUAAGCAAGAAGAAGAUAAUGGGAACGUCACUGGUUUCGAACGUGAAGCGCGAGGUUUCGAUCAUGAGCAAGCUCAACCACCCGAACAUCGUGAAGCUGCACGAGGUGCUGGCGACGAAGACCAAGAUCUAUUUCGUGUUGGAGUUCGUUAAAGGCGGUGAGUUAUUUGCUAAGGUUUCGAAAGGGAGGUUCAGCGAGGAUCUCGCCCGCAAGUAUUUCCAGCAGCUUAUCUCCGCCGUAGGGUACUGCCACUCGCGCGGCGUUUUCCACCGUGAUUUGAAGCCGGAGAAUCUCUUGCUUGAUGAAAAUGGGAAUCUCAAGGUCUCCGAUUUUGGACUCAGUGCCGUCAAAGACCAGGUGAGGUUUGAUGGGUUGUUGCACACGUUGUGUGGCACUCCGGCGUACGUGGCACCGGAGAUUCUGGCAAAGAAGGGCUACGACGGUGCAAAGGUUGAUGUAUGGUCUUGUGGGGUGAUUCUCUUUGUUCUUGCAGCAGGGUACCUACCUUUCAAUGAUCCAAACUUGAUGGUGAUGUACAAGAAGAUCUACAAGGGGGAGUACCGGUGUCCACGGUGGAUGUCACCGGAUCUACGACGGUUCCUUUCAAGGGUUCUUGACAUCAACCCCGAGACAAGGUUCACCGUUGAUGAGAUCACCAGGGACCCUUGGUUUAGAAAAGGCUACAAGGAGAUCAAGUUUCAUGAGGAUUGGAAUCUUGGGUCUGAGGACAAGGUGAAGGAAUUGAAUGCUUUUGAUAUAAUCUCAUUCUCUUCUGGUUUGAAUCUUUCUGGAUUGUUUGUUGGCGGUGGUGCCUCCACAUCAGCGGCCGCAGAGGACACUGAGAGGCUCAUGCUCAAGGGUUCAGUUGAGGCGGUUUUGGCUAGGGUGGAGGAGGUGGCUGUGGCAGAGGGGCUUAUAGUAAGAGGGUUGAAAGAAUGUGGUGUGGAGCUAGAGGGGCAAAAUGGUAAUUUUGGGCUUGUGGUGGAGGUUUGCCGGGUAACUGCCAACCUGGUUGUGGUGGAGGCAACGAGGAAAACCGGGGAUCUCUUCGGAUUUAGGGAUAUGUGGAGGAACAAACUGACACCUAAGCUGUUAAGUAAUGCUACCACAGAAAGUGAUAGCAUUUCUGAUUCAGCAGAGACUCAAUCGGAGAUUUCCGAGUCUGAGCAAGUUGCUAGUGUCUGAUCUUAUUCUGUCCCUUUCUUUUAAUCCAUUUUCUUUCCCCUUUUUUUUUUAAAAAGGUCUUUUGUUGGAAAAACAAAGAUAUAUAUACAUAUAUAGGUUGAAAUAUUUGUUGUUUAUUAUUGUUAUUGUAUCCAAAAUGUACAUUUUGGUGGGUCAUGUUGUAGUUCUGGCACACAUGGGAUUAUUACUGCCAAUGGUGGUGUUGCUGUUGAGAGACCCAACGCAGUAAUCAUGGUGGGUCAUGGUGUAGUUUUGGCAGCCAUGGAUAUUGCCAAUGUUUGAACUGUAGGAUGAUGUUGAUUGGAGGAUUGGUGGAGACUCCAGCAAUGAUGAUGAUGAUGAUGAAUAUUUAUGCUUCUUGUUUACCUUUUUCUUUCCCUCUCUUUGUAAAUGUUGAAAAUAAAUUAAGGGUGUCUUACUGUAUUGUUUAUAUAUCAGACAAUUGUCUGGCUUCCCUCAUAAUGGAAAGCAAAAAUUAGAAUAAUUAUUACUCUAUUUAUAUA